AUGAGCAGAAAGCACGGUAAAUGGAACGAGCACCAUCCUCGGUACCGACUCCUCGAAGCCCUCCGCGGAUUCUCCCACUAUGCCCAGACCCAACGGACAGAACUCGACCGGCUCAGGGGCUUAUACAAUCAUGUAUCCAAGAAGCAGAAGGCCGUGCUAGAACGCACAGUCGAGUACAGCAAGAAAUUCGACGACAUCACCCCUCUCCUAGCAAAGAACCAGGAUAUCUGCAAUGAGAUUGUGCGGAAUGCGCUCAACUUCUACCAGGUCGAUCAGUCCGAGCUAGACGAACACACGCGGCAGAUGAACGCGGCGGGACGGCCAGCCGAGAGAAUCAGCGUCGCGCAGGCCCUGAAGCACUUUGUCCGAGAUUGGACUGUCUCCGGGGUCAAUGAGAGAGACGCGGCGUUUCCAUGCAUCAAGAAGGCUUUGAGGGAGUUAUUCGCGGAUCCUAGACCAGGACCCGUAAGAGUGCUCCUGCCGGGCGCUGGCCUUGGACGGCUGGGGCAUGAGGUUGCACAGCUUCGAGGAUUCGAGGUCACAAACAACGAAUGGUCCAUGUACCAGAACGUAGCCUACCGGUUUCUCGAGAACCGCACCGCGCAAGACACCCGGACCCUCCACCCCUUUGUGGACUCGUGGUCCCAUCACCGCUCGACAGCCGACAUGCUCCGCCCCGUGAUCUUCCCGGAUAUCACACCCAGCACCGCCGGGGUCGUGCUCGUCGAAGGCGACUUUACAACCAUCUUUCCUGACGGCGACACGGGUGCCUUUGACGCCGUGGUGACCCAUUUCUUCAUCGACACUGCCCGUAACCUCAUGAGCUAUUUCGACACCAUCUCCAGGCUUCUCAAGCCCGGGGGUUACUGGAUCAACUUUGGCCCCUUGCUCUACGGUACCGGCCCCUUUGUGCAACUGUCCCUGGACGAGAUCAUUGCCGUGGCCGAGGCCAUGGGGUUCGAGUUUCAAGAAGUUCCGGAGGGGUGCGGCGAGGUGACCGUUCCGGGCAAGAAAGUCCGCGGGCUGGAUGCGCCAUACAGCUUUGAUGAGAUGGCGCUGACGAGGAAUUCCUACAAUGCGCAGUUCUGGGUCGCGAGGCGUCUCUAA